AUGAUUGAUGGAUAUGAACCGUUAGAUCAAUCACAAAUCAACGGUAUUACAUGGAGCUCGCUUAGUUACCAAACGGAACGAGCUCGAAAACGCCAUAUUUUCUUGCAGAGCUACAAACUUGAAACCUAUGAUGAAAAUUCGAGACGUACGAAGAUGAAGAAAAUUGUUGUGAAAAUGAACUCUGUUAUGGUUUCUGUUUUGUCAUUCAUGUGGUCACAUACUCUAAGAACAGAUUUCUACGAUCCGAAAGCUCCAAUUUACAAAUUUGAAGCCCUAGAUGUUAAGGAAUUCGAAUAUAAUGAUUCCAACAUCAAUGCAGAUCUUAUCAUAACGUUGAGAGCUGAUAAUCCCAACAAGGCCAUAGGUUUUAUUUACGAGGAAGCUAACACCUUCAAUGUUACAUAUAGUGGUUCAACAAUAUGUUCAGGAAAAUUUCCAUCAUUUCAUCACGGUCAAAAGAAUGUAACUAUGUUACAAAUUGAAUUAAAGGGUAAAAAUCCAUUUGCAAAAAGUCUUUAUGAGUCAUUACAAGUUAGUGAAAGCCAUGGAAAAGUUCCUUUAACAAUAUUGGCUAAGGUACCCUUUAGAUUUGUUUUCAAAGAUUCAAAAUUAAGGGAAUUGAGUAUUCUUGCAAAUGUCACAAUGUCUGUGCAUGAUAUGAAGCUAGGCAAGAAAACUGAGAUUGAUCAAGGAAAAAUCGACUACCGUUUCGUAAAGUGA